GGCGGAACAUUAGUUGAUGUAUUUCACUGAAAUUAGGUAUGAUGUGACGUCAUGAAGCAAAGUUCUUUCAAAGGCCUGCAGAGCCACCACAAUUGCUAAGCUUUUUGUUGUUUUUUAUUUCUCUGCACAGAUGUUGGUCGUUCGAUGAUUUAGUUGAGUCAAAUUGUAAGCUAAUGCCUUUAUUCAAAGUUAAUAUUAAGUGGGGUCGGGAGACCUUCAAGGAUGUAGAGGUCAAUACUGAUGAAGAUCCUUUGGUGUUUAAAGCGCAACUCUAUGCCCUUACGGGAGUUAUUCCAGAGCGACAAAAAGUAAUGUUCAAAGGCUCAUCACUGAAAGAUGACACGUGGAAUGGUAUUAAAGUUGAAAAUAAUUGCACAGUUCUACUUAUGGGUAGCAAGGAGGAAGAUUUACCCGUUGAACCAGUCGUAAAACCACGUUUUGUGGAAGAUAUGAAUGAUUCCGAACUUGCUUCUGCUUCCAAUGUACCAGCAGGUCUUGCCAAUCUUGGCAAUACUUGUUACAUGAAUGCUACUGUUCAAUGUUUGAAAACUGUCCCAGAACUUAGAGAUGCCUUACGGAAUUUCAAAGGGGGUAUGUCAGGUAUAUCUGCUCACACAGUGACAGCUGCUUUACGAGAUUUGUAUGAGUUGAUGGACAAAGGUUUGUCUAUUCCCCCUAUUAUGCUGUUACAAGUUCUACAGAUGAUUUUUCCUAGGUUUGCUGAAAAAAAUGAAAAUGGUACUUUUGUUCAGCAAGAUGCUAAUGAAUGUUGGACAGAGAUUGUGCGUAUGUUGCAACAGAAACUUGAAUCUGUGAAUAGUGAUAAACCGUCUUCUAAUAAGUAUUUUGUAGAUCAAUUUUUUGGUGGUGUAUUUGACGUUGAAUUGAAAUGUGAUGAAGCUGGAAAUGAGCCUGUUUCAAAGUCUGAGGAAAAUUUUUUGCAGCUGAGUUGUUUUAUCUCUCAAGACGUUAAACAUAUGCAUACAGGAUUGUUAUCGAAAUUACAAGAAAAGAUUACAAAACAUUCAAAGGUUCUUGAUCGUGAUGCCAUUUUUACCAGAACAUCAAGAAUUAAAAGACUUCCAGCAUACCUUACCGUCCAGUUCGUUAGAUUUUAUUACAAGGAGAAAGAAGCUAUAAAUGCAAAAAUCCUAAAAGAAGUGAAGUAUCCCUUUGAAUUUGAUGCAUAUGAUCUUUGUACUCCUGAACUUCAAAAUGCUCUCAAGCCAAUGAGAGAUCGUUUUAAGGAAUAUGAUGAUAAAAAGGCAUUGGUUGCUAAAAUGAAAAAAAAUCCUGAUACAGAAGAUGGUGUUAAAGAAGAUUUGGAAAAGCAACCAGUUUAUUUUGAGAAUGAUUUAGGUUCAAACAAUUCUGGACUGUAUACCCUCCAAGCUGUCUUAACACACCGUGGUAGAUCUAGUUCCAGUGGCCACUAUGUUGCUUGGAUCAAACAUACAAAUGACACCUGGAUGAAAUGUGAUGAUGAUGUAGUUACCCCAGUACCUAAAGAGUCUAUUUUAAAACUUUGUGGAGGUGGUGAUUGGCAUGUUGCUUACGUUUUACUUUAUGGCCCGAGAAUAUUGGAAAUACCUGUUAAUGGAAAAAAAUCAUAAAUGUGAUAUUAGCAUUUUUUAUUAUUAUUUUCUUUUUUUUCUUUUUUCAUUCAAUAUGUAUAACCUUUAUUAAAUGGACUAAACCUGGCUAUACUUUUACUCCCUCACCUUUACUUAUAUUUUUGUCUAUGCAAAUAAUUUAUUAUUUACUAUAUAAAAG